UGCCUUCAGAUAGACCACCCGCUUGGAGCUCGGACACUGAAGCUGACUGGACUCUAUUCGGAGCUUUCAAUAAUCUGGACAGGACCUUGAAUUCCUUCCUGUUGGUUUUAGUUUAAUUGGAUGUUUGGUGGCAGUCUUCUGGACUAUAAGAAACUUGGACUUUCUCUGUCCCGUUUGGCUUUUGCCCUUUUAUAUUCACUGCUGUACUGGAAUUGUAUUCCGCUGUGAAUGCUGAAGGUGGUGGGUGACCCUCAGAGAAGAGGAGCUGAAGUGGUAACAAUGUGGAUCCCGACCCCCAGCAUGACUCUCCCUCAGCGCAUGGUGUUGUACGGGACGUGUGUUGUGGCUUUGAUGAACUCUGUGGGCCUCCUGGUGCUCUUGGUCCAGCAGAAUCAGCAACGCGUCUUGCUGGAGCAGACAGAGGUGAAGCUGACUGAGGUGGAGCAGAGCUCCGUGGUGGAGUUCAUCCAGGAGGUGCCGAGAGGAGCGGCGGGGAUGCGGGCGAGCGCAGGGGAACAUCCGCAAUACCAAUACCAGUACUCCAGGAAUAAGAGAAGUGAAGAGCUGGAGAAGGAGCUACAGCAGGAGCUUCACCAGGAGGAGGGACAGGAGGUCAGCCAGGAGGUGGGAGAGGAAGCAGAGAAGAAGAUGAAGGAUGAGAUGAAGCACAAGCACAGACACGGCCAGAGUUACCACAAGGCACACGUGCAGGAUGACAUGAUGAUGAUGAUGACCUACUCCAUGGUCCCGAUCAAAUUGUUGAUCGACAUUUGCAACAGCACCAAGGGAGUAUGCAUCGCCGGACCACCAGGACCGCCUGGUUUGCCCGGUCUGGAUGGUAUGCCCGGCCACAAUGGGACUGAUGGCAUCCCCGGUCUGAAUGGACUGCCCGGGGCUGAUGGGAAAAGAGGAAAAAAAGGUGAGAACGGGGAACCAGGUGAAAAAGGAGAGCGAGGAGAGGCUGGUCCGCCGGGAGAGAAGGGACAACCCUCCAAUGAUGUCAUCAUUGAGGGUCCUCCUGGCCCUCCUGGCCCCCCAGGACCUCCUGGUCCCCCAGGACCUCCUGGCCCUCAGGGGCCUCCCAGAACAAGGCACCACAGAGCCAACCUUCAAGCUGCUCAUACCCUGGGGCUGUUACAUGCAAUUCCAAAUGAUGAAACCUCAUCAGUAAAGGAGGCUGUAAAACUACACGGGAAGCCUGCUAAGAAGAACGAGUGCCUGAUUAAGUCUCUGAUCAACCCCAGAAAUGUGACAAAGAUGGAGAGCACAUUUGGCACAUGGAUGAAAGACACCGCUCAGCUGAACGAUGAGCGAAUUUGGGUGGCGGAACACUUUUCUGGUCGUGCUGUGAAGGAGUAUAAAAGCAUCGCCUCCUUCCAGAACAGCAGCAGCGACACUGUGGAUGUCAGAAAGUUUUACCAAGGCUGCGGCCACACUGUUCACAACGGUUCCUUCUAUUAUCACAUCGCUGGUACUUCCAGCAUUGCCAGAUUUGACUUCCAUACCAAGAAGCUUCACACUCUUACUAUUGACAACGCGUUGUACCACAACCUCGCCUACCUGCUCCACAACUCCAAGACCUAUUUCAAACUGGCAGCAGAUGAGAAUGGCCUGUGGCUGAUCUUUGCCUCCAGUGUGGAUGAGAGCAUCACUGUGGCCCAGCUGGACCAGAAGACCUUCUCCGUCACGUCCUACAUAAACACCACCUACCCCCGUACCAAGGCCGGCAACGCCUUCAUCGCCUGUGGUGUCCUGUAUGUCACAGACACCAAGGACACCAGAGUCACAUUUGCUUUUGACCUGCUGAAAGGAAAGCCGGUCAACGUGACCUUUGACCUGAGGUCUCCAGGCGGAGUGCUGGCAAUGCUCUCCUACAGCCCGAAGGACAGACACCUCUAUGUGUGGGAUCACAGUUACGUCAGGCUCUACGUGGUCCACUUCAUCUCUGACGAGUAAAAAACCUACUGUCUGAACAUGGCAGACAACCUGCAGACAUGACUGUUAAAUAGUGAGAGCAAAUGCCUGCUGACUACCAACUAUCCACUCCAUUGUUGGAUAUUGGUCAUAUUUAGAUUUUCAAGAGAGAUACGUACACACGUCACUGUCACCGUUAUUUUCCUGUAGAGCAUUCCUGUCAGUAAUGGGUUGUUGAAAAUUCAGUUUCACUGAAAGAAAUCAGUUUUUGGUCAGUAAUUAUUGUAAUAUUGUUAAAAAAUAAAUCCUGCUGUAUUUGUAUCUUAUUUUACAUCUUAUUUUAUUUUACAAGGUGGAGUUACUAACAGUGUGAAAACGUUUUAUCAUUUUGUAUCAAACAGUUCAUAAUUUAUACAAAUUGAACUUAUAACUUACUUUUGUGUCAAACUGUGUUGUUACAUUAUUUAGUGUAUUUGCAUGACAAUGAUCUUUUAUGUAUUUUUAUAUAAAUGUACAUGUUAUCCCCUUGAUAUUCUGUACAUACAGUCCACCCGCCUUUGUAAUGAAGCAGCACAGUCCCUGCUGGUUGCUUAUUCCUCUGGACAGAAAAACAAAAAAAAAAAAAAAACAGCUUCAAAUCACCCUGAUGAAAUAAAAAGAAUUUAUUCACUUUACAAAGGUAAAA